AUGUCACUGACGAAGCCUGCUCCUGAGCCUGAGGCUCGCGAGACCACGAUUCUGGGCAUGAAGGACGGACACUUCGUGGACCAGCACGGCCGCGUCGCGCUGCUGCGUGGUGUGAACCUCGGUGGCUCGUCCAAGCUGCCGUUCGGCUACGGCCACACAGACGACCAGGACAUGAGCGACUUCUUCGAUGGCGCCGCCUCCGUGUCGUUUGUUGGACGUCCAUUCCCACUAGAAGAGGCGGACUUGCAUUUGUCCCGCCUGCAGCGCUGGGGUCUCACGUUCCUGCGUUUCAUCGUGACGUGGGAGGCCAUCGAGCACGCUGGGCCGGGUCAGAUCGACCACGAAUACCUCAAAUACAUUCGUGCAGUGGUGGAGAAGGCUGCGGACUACAAUAUGCAGGUGUACAUUGACCCGCACCAGGACGUCUGGUCUCGUUGGACGGGAGGUGACGGUGCUCCCAUGUGGACGCUGGAAUGUAUCGGCUUUGAGCCACGCAACUUCGAGCCUACCAAGGCAGCGCUGUGUCUCGAGACAUGCGGACUACCAGCAUCCAAGUUCCCAAAGAUGAUCUGGCCUACAAACUACGCGAAAUUGGCGUGUGCCACCAUGUUCACGUUGUUCUGGGCUGGCAAGAAGUACGCGCCUAACUGCUACGUGGACGGCGUGCAGAUCCAGGAGUAUCUCCAGUCGCACUACCUCGACUCAUUGGCCGCAUUGGCUGAAGCUCUCAAGGGCCUUCCGAAUGUUGCAGGCUACGGCACGAUGAACGAGCCGUCCAAUGGGUGGAUUGGAACGAAGAACUUGGUGGUUUCCGGAGGCUUCCGUAAUGGCUUAGCAUCGUCCCCGCUCUCUGCUAUGGCGCUUGGUGAAGGUAUUGCUCAAGACGUUGAAGUGUGGGGCGCUGGGAUCAUGGAGAUGAUGCGUGGGAAGCCCAAGCGUAUCGAGCACGUUGAUCCUAAGGGCGUUCGCGCGUGGAAGGACGGUGCUAAGUGCAUCUGGAAGGAACAUGGCGUGUGGGGUUUGGACGCUCAAGGUAAACCCCAGAUCUUGAAGCCUGACUACUUCGCUGGAGUCGAUUUCGGCACGGAAUUCUUCCUCCCGUUCGCUAGGAGGUUUACGAAGCGCAUCCAGAGCAUUUCACCGAAGGCUAUGAUCUUCACUGAGAUGCCUCCUACCGAGAUUGGCGACCUGGUGUUCCCUGACAUCUCUAAGGAGGAUAUCCCCCUUUCAGUCAAUGCGAUGCACUGGUACGACAUGAUCACGCUCUUCACGACGACGUGGCGUUCGUACUUCACGCUCGACUUCGCCACCGGUAAGCCUGCGUUUGGCAACGCUGCGCUUCGUGCGUUGCACCAGAAACAGCUAGCGCACGUUGCUAGCUUCGGUCGUGAAAAGAUGUCGAAUGCCCCCACUCUAAUAGGUGAGACGGGUAUUCCGUACAACAUGAACCACGCUCAGGCAUUCGAGACGGGAGACUUCUCCGCCCAAGUGGAGGCUUUGGACAACACUAUCUACAACCUCGAGUCGCAGUUGCUGUCCUUUACACUGUGGAACUACACGGCCGACAACUCGCACAAGUUCGGAGAUCUGUGGAACCUGGAGGACUUGAGUAUCAGCAGUCCAGACACAGAGUCACUAGUGCGCCGUCUGUCCGGCGUUCGUCGCCGUGAUGACUCCGCCCGUGGCCUUCGUGCGUUUGCUCGUCCUCAUGGGCGCCGAAUCGUCGGAAUUCCGAGCAAGUCGGAGUUUAAUUUGAAGACUGCGGAGUAUGAGCUGGAGUACACGUCGGAGAAGAAGCAGGCGAGCGCUGUCACGGAGAUUUACGUGCCGUACGCUCACUACCCGGAAGGUUAUCGCGUGACUGCCUCCGAUGGUCACUUUACUAUCGACAAGCACGAGGGAUACGACGUGGUGAAGCACGAACAUGACGGCCAUGUGCACAAGCACCGCGUCGUGGUUCGCCCUACAAAGCCUCUGCACGCGGGCCACUCGAACUGGCCUGUUUACCUUGCUCUUGCCGCCGCAAUAGUGAGCCCGUACCUCGAAGCUUACACGAUGUAAGCACUAUCGGUGAACUGUGUCAGCCGUACUCUGGAUUUCAUUAAUGCAGUAUCAAAAAUAUAUUCUCGCUCUCAUUCAUUCCUCGU